UUAAGCUUCUCGAUUUCCUCAACAGCUACAAAACAUCGAAAGGAUUUCUUUUCAGCUGGUUUUUCAGAACAUGGGAGUUUUUCUCCACUUGUUCUUCACCUCUGUGGUUCUCUCACGUGGACAAGUUCUAUCAUGCCCAGACGAUCAAUGCCGUAUAUUGGCAUUUCCAUCCACUUUGUUCUUCGUGGGAGAACGUCUUGUUAACCACACCAUAGCAAACAUCAGUGUGAUUGACAGGGACUCGUGUGAAUAUCGUUGCUACUUGGAACACAACUGCGUCAGUGUUAACUUUUAUUUUGGAGAAAACGGAGUAGAAGCACACAACUGUGAACUGAAUAACUCAACGGGUAAAGAGUAUGAUAAGGAUCUGGUGAAAGAAGCGUACUACGUAUACCACGGAACUAAGAAUUUUUGCGCUCGAGCUCCAUGCGAGAACUACGGUACCUGCCAGUCGGGAUUUACAAGAAAACGAUAUCGAUGUUUAUGUGCGUCCGGAUACACCGGCCACGAUUGUGAAUCAACUAUCGAUGAGAAUGUUCUAAAUUUUCGCAAGUGUAGCGAGUAUGCCAGUUUCACCAAUACCGAGGGAUCCUACAACUGCUCCUGCAAUCCUGGAUUCAGCAGGGAUGAUGCCGAGAAUACCUCCAACAGUAGCAAUGAAAACGCUAUUUGUGAAAAUUCCUAUGGAUCUUCGAGGUGUAUAUGUAAACCUGGAUUCAGUGGGGAUGGAAACAAUUGUACAGACAUCGAUGAAUGUGCUGGAGAUGCCCAUAACUGUAGCAGAAACAAUGCUACCUGCACAAAUACUGAGGGAUCGUUCAGCUGCUCCUGUAAGCAGGGAUUCACUGGAAAUGGACACAAAUGCGAAGGUAGAAUUCUCGAAACAUCGUAUUAUCUAACGAUUGAUUCUAUGUGGGAAUCUUCUCAAAGCUCUGCUUUCCAUGUGGAGAAACGCGAGAUGCCGUGUAGUAGUAGUAUUUAUUGCUGUCGGGAUUUACCUAGUUACUGUGGAAGAUCGUUCAUUUUGAGGAACUUUGGAGACAACUGUGAUAUAGACUGUAGUGGGUUUAAUUGCCCGUAUGUAAGCAAAGACAGAGGUGUGGUCGACUUGGAUCCUAUGAGAAAGUUUGACGUUAACAUAGGCUAUCCAAAAGCUGACAAGACAUAUCUCGAUUUGAUGGACAACUUUCAAAUCAACAUCAAAAUUCCUCAAGGAAAAAAUGAGGUCUCUCCUGUACGGGUUUUAUCCCCAGGACUGCAUUCAUCAUAA